CAUGAUUUAUUUGGCUGGUCUCUGUGGGUCCCUUCAAAGUUCGUGGGCCCUUAGAUUCUAACUCCGUUGCCUAUGGCCGCAAAAAGCGAUCUGAAUCCUUUCUGGACUGUGGUUCUCAACCCCAACAAGUCUCCAUUUUGGGCCUAACAUGCUCACCUUAAUUUACCCCUAUAUCUGGCGCAACUACCCGUUACCUAACGAACCCAAAGUAAUCCACCCCCACCUGGUACCGGAUUUUGUACUGAAAAGUGGCGAAACAAGGUGGCUAGCUACCGUAACGUCGGCCCAGCUCAUUCCCAAUCAGUUGUUACGCAACAAGCAGGAGUGGGAGGCCAGCAAGCUCUACAUGCGAGUGCAUGUUGGACGUCCCAUCCUCCCACCACCUGUCAUUAGACCACGUCCAGCUUCGUCUCACACGCUGUGGCUUAUGUACAAGGACUCUGAAUCUUUGGAUCGGUGCAUACAGACCACUCUGUCAGCCCUCUAUCCACCCUUCCAGGCCACAUCCCCAACUGUCCUCUGUCAGGUCCUCAGUGUGGUGGAGAGCUACUACAGAGGAGACGGCCUCCGCUACCUGCUUCAUUUCCUUCUGCCUGCAAAGCACUUCUUACAGAAUCUCCAGCAAGAUGCCUGUCUGCAGUACUGUGGUUUGUUGUUCCGUCAUGAAGGCUGGCCUUUGUGUCUCCACGAGAAGGUAGUCAUUCAGCUCUGCCCUCUCGACCGCCACCACCUACAUCCUGGAGACUUCUACCUGCUGGUUUCUUUUCCUCGAGCACACAGCGCCCCCUGCAGGACCAGUAUUUCCUCUUCUCCAUGUCUACUGCUGUGCAGCGUGUCUGGUAACCAUCAUGUGGAGCAGCAGGAGGUGCCAGAGGUAGCCCGGCAGUCCCUUUUUAGCAUGGCCUGGCUUGCCUCUGUCAACAGGGAGAGGGAGCAGCGAGGAGUUUCCAGGCUGGAGCGCUGCCUCCUCUCAGCCAAUGGAGAUGUCUUCAGGGUCCCCUGGGAGGACCUAGUGUACCCACAGUUCAUCAGCAGGCCCCCGACCUCUCUGAAAGAGGACAAGGAGAUCUCUUUUAAGGACAGUAAUAUCUUCGUAAACACAUGUCAUGAUGUAUGUAGCAGUCCUGACUCCUCAGGGCAGGACAUGAAGCUGACAACUGAUCAAUCAACAGCAAGCAGUGACAGUGAGGACUCAGAGGGCGAGUAUGUGGAGCUGACUGAACUCCCACUGCCUCGCUUCUCCCCACAGAAAGGCUCCUUAACCCAGUCCAUUAGCCUACAGCACCGGGCCAGGACAAGCACCACGGCACAUACUUACUCUGCUGCACCCAUACUAAGAUACACCAACACACACACUGCUGCUGCUACUGACACACAUUCUACUGUCACAACACACACUCCCAAGAAACUUGUCUCACACUUCUUCAGACCAUGUGUGGAGGCCAGCUCCCAUAACAGCCAUUGCUCCAGGCUUAUCAAGGAAAACUUCAACCAGGACUCUAAUGGACCUGUCAUCCUCAAGCCCAUCUCCAUUGCCUCUUACUCCUGUUCACCCCCUGAAGGUGUGGUGUCCUCCAGCAGUCAUUUGGAGCAACAAUUAUCACAGGAGGACAAGGAAGGUACUGAAUCAACCCAGAAUGUGAUUCUAAACACUGAACCUGAAAAGUGCACAGAACAAACAGAGGAGGAUAAGGAGGUAGAGAUAGAACAAACCGAGGAGGAGGUGCUAAAGACAGAACAGACAGAGGAGGAUGAGGUAGAGACAGAACAGAUGGAGGAGGUAGAGACAGAACAGAUGGAGGAGGUAGAGACAGAACAGAUGGAGGAGGUAGAGACAGAACAGAUGGAGGAGGUAGAGACAGAACAGAUUGAGGAGGUAGAGACAGAACAGAUUGAGGAGGUAGAGACAGAACAAAUGGAGGAGCAGGCCGUAGAGACAGAACAGACGGAGGAGCAGGCCGUAGAGACAGAACAGACGGAGGAGCAGGCCGUAGAGACAGAACAAACGGAGGAGCAGGCCGUAGAGACAGAACAGACGGAGGAGGAGGUGCUAGAGACAGAACAGACGGAGGAGGAGGUGCUAGAGACAGAACAGACGGAGGAGGAGGCCGAAGAGACAGAACAGACGGAGGAGAAGGCAGUAGAGACAGAACAGACGGAGGAGGAGGCACUAAAGACAGAACAGACGGAGGAGGAGGCGCUAGAGACAGAACAGAGGGAGGAGGAGGCGCUAGAGACAGAACAGAGGGAGGAGGAGGCCCAAGAGACAGAACAGAGGGAGGAGGAGGCAGUAGAGACAGAACAGACGGAGGAGGAGGCGCUAAAGACAGAACAGACGGAGGAGGAGGCUCUAGAGACAGAACAGAGGGAGGAGGAGGCGCUAGAGACAGAACAGAGGGAGGAGGAGGCGCUAGAGGAGGACAAGGAAGGUACUGAAUCAACCCAGAAUGUGAUUCUAAACACUGAACCUGAAAAGUGCACAGAACAAACAGAGGAGGAUAAGGAGGUAGAGAUAGAACAAACAGAGGAGGAAGUGCUAAAGGCAGAACAGACAGAGGAGGAUGAGGUAAAGACAGAACAGACGGAGGAGGAGGCGGUAGAGACAGAACAGACGGAGGAGGAGGCGAUAGAGACAGAACAGACGGAGGAGGAGGCGAUAGAGACAGAACAGACGGAGGUGAAUAAGGAAGAGACAGAACAGACGGAGGAGGAGGUGAUAGAGACAGAACAGACGGAGGAGGAGGCCGUAGAGACAGAACAGACGGAGGUGAAUAAGGAAGAGACAGAACAGACGGAGGUGAAUGAGGAAGAGACAGAACAGCCGUGGGAGGAGGAGGCGGUAGAGACAGAACAGCCUGAGGAGGAGGAGGAGGUAGAGGCAGAUAAGAAGGAGGAGGUAGAGGCAGAACAGACAGACGGAGAUGUACUGAAGCAUGGCAUGUUGGUGGAUGUAAAGGGACAUAAGAAGAUACAGCAGUUGGAGGAAACAGAGUGUGGGGGGGGUGAAGGUUUACUACAACACACACACAAGGAGAAUAAAAGUGAAGUGUCAGAGGGGAACGAAAAGGAGUUGAAUGAGGAUGGAGCUGAGGAGGUGAAGCUGGAGGAGGAGGUUCAGGUUACAAUAAUACAAGAAAGAAGAGAAGACAUAAAGAUGAAAGACAGAGAAGAGGAAGCAGAGAAAGGGACCAGAGAUGGAGAAAAGCUUGUAGAAAAAGACACACACAAUAAAAACCUUGUUCUACAAACACACGCUGAUGACAAUAAAUUAGAAACACACAGUAUACAACAACCAGAGGACUCUGAAAACAAACGUUCUACAGACUGCCGCACAGUACAGACUGACUGUGAGCAGUCUGAAGAAGUCAAGAGGCAAAGGCCAUCAACUCCAGCGAUGGAUGUAGACUCACCUUGGACUGAACCACACAUGGAUGAUGAUGAUGAAGAGGAGGAGGAGGAAGACUGUGGCUGUGAGGAGGUUGGUGAAGGAACUGCAAAGCUUCACACUGAAGGUAUUGGUACAAAUUCAUCUUCUGUCCAGUCAGAGUGCAGCCCGGAUACUAGUUCCACUCAACAAGAACCAGAAUCAUCUGCUGCCUCGUCCCUAAAGCAGCCUAAUUCUCCCAUAGCCCCGGUGCUGAUGUCCCUAUCUGGCUUCUACAAAGUGCUGCUGAGCUCUGGAGCCGUCUGCCUGCCUGGAACCAGAGAUAAAAGUGGACGAGCUCUGCUGCUCGUCUACUCCACCAGCUCUGUUUGGUCCAGCCCUGACUGUGACAGUGCCGAGCUGCUCCGCCUACUGCUCUACUACACCUCCACCCUCAGGGAGGAGGUGCAAGCACUGGGGCUGACGGUGCUGGUGGAUGCCCGCAGAGCUGCUCCAGCUGCUGCCCUGUUCUCCGCCCUCAGGUCUCUGCAGGACAACAAACAAGGCUCCAUUCACACAGUGUUACUGCUGAUCAGCAAAGAAUCAUCUCAACGCCUGGACAAACCUGACCAACCUCAGGUGGAGGUGUUGAGCUCUCUGAAGGCUUUGCAGAAACACGUGGAGCUGCGUCAUCUACCCGCAGAGUUCGGGGGAUCCUUCAGCUUCAGUCAGAGCAGCUGGCUUUGCUUCAGAUCGAGAAUAGAGCAGCUGAGCUGUCAGUGUGAAGAUGUCAUCAACCUGCUGCAGAAAACCAUCAACAUCCUGCAGAGCACAGCUGUGACUGCUGCUGCUGAGGGUGCCGAGCAUCUGUUGUCCAGGUACAAGGCGAUGAUGUGCAGCAUCCUUGAAGAUAGCCGAUUGGUCCAGCUACAGCAGGAGGGUGGGGCCUCUCUGUCACGGCUACGCAGGGAGGAGAGCAGCCUCAGCAUGACAGAGGAGUACCAGGUGGAGGUGGAAGCUGUGUCUCAUCUGUACAACCAGGUGGACGAGCUGCUCCAUCGCCUGGUGACUCUGUUCAACUCCAGGACCCAGGAGCUAACCUUCAUUCUGGACUUCAGGAACCUGGAGCAGGGUUUCGUUGAGGUGAUGUCCUGGCUGGACGACGUCGGGGAGAUUCAUCUGAAGACUCUAGAGAAACCGGAAGAUUCCCUGGAGCUUCUCAAGAAUAAACAGCAGGACUUUAGAGGAUUCUUCACAGCAGCUUACGACCAGUGCAAACGGGGCGAGGCCUUGUUAGGCCGUCUGGAGCAGUGGAAUGGCGUGGCGUCUGCUGACCUCCACGAUUAUGUGGUCAAAGUUCACUCAUUCUGGGCUCGGCUUCAGGAUUUCUCCCAACGAGUCAAAAGCACCGGCCAAAGCAUCGAGCGGGCUGUCCAACUGUAUCACUUUUUAGACCAGGCCUAUGGAUGGGCGUUGGCGGGUAUGCGGCACCUAGCAGCUAUCAGCAUGGAGGACUGCACACUCCCGGACAAAUGUCAGGCUGUGAUUGGCUGCCUGGAGGACUACCAGCGGCAGCAUCCACCAAUCCCAGACGCCCGUUUCCAGGAGAUGAAGGCGAUGGCAGAGGAACUGCGGGGAGAGCGUGGCCUUCGUCAGUGGAGCUUUGCCUGGUCCAAGUGUCAGGAGACCAAGAAGAUGUUUGACAGGAAGAUGGAGGCAGCUCACAGGACCCGGGACUUCGCCCAUAGACAGCGUUCUGACUCUGCCCACAGCAGAAGCUUCACCAACUCCAGGAAGUCCCUGAUGGCACUCUGGGGGGUCCAAGAAACACCGCCCCGCCACCCUGAGGAGGGCUCUAAUAACUCACCUCCAUGUAUCCCUUCCUCCCCUUCCACCCCCCAGCACACACCCCUCUUUCAGCGUCUGAUCCGCAGCUUCUCCUCAGACAAGUCCCCAGACCUGAGGGAUGACAGCUCUUCUGGUCCCAGCCCCCAUGGCUUUAACUCCUCUGCCUGCUCCAGCAGGCGGCAGCAGCUCAGGAAGACUCAGAGCUUUGACUGCCCCCCUACCCCCGAGGUGAUGCACUACGGAUCCUCUACUCGUGCCCUCAGCGAGCCUGUGCGCAGAGGAAACACUGGUGUGUUUAUCCGGGGGCUGGAGGUGAGCAGCUCUGAGGCAGCCAACCACACGCUCUCCUCCAGGACAGGUGCACAGGGUUGGGUAGGUCAAGGGCCACGCAGCCCUGGGACACCCAGCUCUCACCGAACCAGCACUGUGGCAGACUCCCGGCCCAGGGGAAGUAAGCUGCGUCACAUUGUGGAGGAGCUGGUCACCACAGAGAGGGAGUACGUUCGCUCCCUGCGCUACAUCAUCCACCACUACUUCCCUGAGAUGGACCGAGUCGACGUCCCUCAAGACCUGAGGGGAAAGCGCUCUGUCAUCUUUGGAAACCUGGAAAAACUUCUGGACUUCCACAGUCAGUUCUUCCUGAGAGAGCUGGAGGCCUGUUGGAAACACCCGUUCCGGGUGCCACACUGCUUCCUCAGACAUCAGGAGCAGUUCGGUCUAUACGCUCUAUAUAGCAAGAACAAACCAAAGUCUGACGCGCUGCUGUUAAACCAUGGCAAUUCCUUCUUCAGGAGGAAGCAGGUGGAGUUGGGUGAUAAGAUGGAUCUGUCGUCCUACCUGUUGAAGCCCGUCCAGAGGAUGAGCAAAUACGCUCUACUCCUCAUGGACCUGAUGAAGGAGGUGAGCGAGGCUCAGGAGACAGAGCUGGUUGCGCUGCAAGCCGCCACCAACAUGGUAAAGUUUCAACUUCGCCAUGGCAACGACCUGCUGGCAAUGGACGCCAUCCAGGACUGUGACGUGAACCUUAAGGAGCAGGGUCAGCUUAUCCGUCAGGAUGAGUUCACCGUCUGCACUGGCAGGAGAAAAAGUCAGCGUCACAUCUUCCUGUUUGAGGAGCUCAUUCUCUUCAGUAAACCCAAGAAGAUGGAAGGAGGGCUGGACGUCUUCAUCUACAAACACUCCUUCAAGACAGCCGACGUGGGACUGACAGAGUCCACAGGAGACAGUGGGCUGAGGUUUGAGAUCUGGUUCAGGAGGAGAACGUCUAAGAGCCAGACCUUCAUCCUCCAGGCGACAACAGAAGAUGUGAAAAACGCUUGGACGAGCGAUGUUGCCCGAAUCCUGUGGACCCAGGCCACCAGGAACAAAGAGACCCGUCUGAAGGAGAUGGUGUCCAUGGGAGUAGGCAGCAAACCAUUCCUGGACAUCCAGCCGAGUGACGCUGCCAUCAGCGACCGAGCUGUUCACUACAUCAUGAAAGGAAGAGGAGCCAGGACACGUGCUUCCAUCGCUGUCUCUGUCUUUGACCACUCAAAGCCUCUUAAACGAGGAGCGGUAACCUCUGACCGCACAGCAUCAGGACAGUCUUCCUCCAGUCUGCUUGGCUCCCUCAACCUGCACAUGUACAGCCAAUCCCUGCCCUCCCCUCCUGAUGCCGAAAACUCCUUCAUCACCUCCUGCAUUGAGGAAGACGAGCAGGAGCAGGAGACCAGCAGUCAGCCCUCCAUGACCACAGAGAGUUCGGGUUCAUCGUCUCACUGUCUCUCUGGCUCCACUGGCUCGGAUAGCGGAUGCAUGUCCUCCCAUCCGCCGGAGACUCUGUCUGAGGAGACGAGCCCCCCGGCCUGGCCGGCCUCCUCUGGCAAGCAGCAGCUGAGCCGCCAGUUCCCUUUAGCGAAAUCGUCUCCAGUCAUCGGUCCAGCCACCAUUGUCUGACCCAACGGACUCCGCAGUUUGUGUCCUCCUUCUGCAGUUCGAGGUUCAGGAGAGUCUGAUUCAGUCUGCACCGUUCAACUAAAACCACUUUGAUUAUUUAUGUUUUUUGUGCUCCAGUUGCAGCUGCACUACUUUGUUCUGUAAAUAGUAAGUGUUGGACCGUAGACAGGUUAAGUUUGUGUUCUGGGCACAGCUGGUCUCAUGUACAUGUGUGUAAAUAAACCACAGCUGCGCUGCUCCCACUUUUCUUACUGAGUAAUAAACAUUAUUUGGUUCAGAA